GAAAGGAGGAUCUCUUGCAGCAAGGUGGUCCUCAAAAAAUGGUUCCUCAAGCUGACCGUCAGGGCAACCAGAGAAGUUUCAGCGCCUCUGGAGAGGAGGAUGUUGUGCCAGAUGGUCGAGAGCAGCCACGUGCUACACAGCAGCCAGCUACAGGUGGUGGGAGAAGAUGCAGGCGUCUGACUUCAGUGUGGGAAGGAAAAGACAGACUCAGGGCCUCACAAGUUUACAGGUUGAGGGGGCCCAUUGCAGGUACGGCAGUGCACCCCAUGAGUGAAGGCUCUUCAGGACUGUCCAGAAUCCCCAUGCUGGUGGUAAAUGGAAAGACUGUGAAAAUGUUGCCAAAGUCUAUUGCUCUUUGGGCAGACCAAGAGCCAUCCCGAUGCUGGGUCAGAGACUGUACCAACCCAGUCUGCUCAGCUGAAAGAGAUCAUCAUGGCCUCAGCAGUGACCUGUUGCAGUGGAGCCUCCCAGAUGAGGAAGAGACCUCAAGCUCCCUGGUAACACAGGAAUCCCUUUCCAUGAGUGAAGGCUAUGAUCACACUGCCUGGGACUCUGAAGCAACCAGCUCUCAGGUAGCCGAUAGCAGUGAUAGCACUCCCAGGAGUUUUGCAGAGGAGUUUUCAUUGGCUCCUCUAAAUGCCCUAAGAAAAUACUCUGCUCAGAGUUUUGACCAGCAGGUAGAGAACUUCUUUAAAAACUUCUGAGGUUCCAAAUUCCAUACAGAUGUGCUGAAGCAGAAUGAGUUAAUGUGAAUGCCCAUCUUCAUGUGCAUAGUUCAUGGUCAUACUGACUUCAGGCUGUAGUAAAGCCAGGUAGGGUCAAAUAGGGUAAAGCCAGUAUAAUGCUCUUGUACUGAAAGACAGCUAGAAAGACAAAAUUGGAACUAAAACACCACCUUCAUAUGACUUGCCAUCUUCUUUGGGAGUCUAAAAACCUGUAAUAAUCAGAAGGCAUUAAAUGUGGAAAACGUCUUUCAAUCUAAGCCAAAAUAAUAACUAUUUCUUUUGCAGUUUUAGGGGUAUACCGAGAAAUAUGUUUAUGUUUUUGUCUCUCUCUCAGCAGUAGAGUUUAGUAACUUCAAGGAUAUUUGAAAGUCAAAACCCUCAUAUGUGCCAGUAUUUCCUUUUGCUAACUGCUUUAAUUUGCUCCAUAGAGGCCUAGAGGGUAGGGUCUCUCUUUAUUCUUUUGGAUCUACAUCUACAAAUUCUACUCCACUGUAUAUAUUUGACUAUUCAUAUGUAAGCAGCUACCAAGAUAAUGUGAGACAGCUUGGGCACAUCCUAUUAAAAGAAGGGGGGAGGGAAAAAAGCUCUAGCUAUCAUUAAUGUAUUAUAUGAGAAUUAAAAAAAAAAAAAGUUUUCAUUGGUUGAUCUUAGGAUUUUUCCCUUUCUCUGUUAGUUUGUAGGUAAACACAAAUUAAGAUUUGGAUUACUGACUGGAAAUUCUUCUCUGUUUAUUCAGUAGGUGGAAUUUAGAAAUGUAGCCUAGCCUAAUACUAGGAUUCCAAGGUGUGAUAACUGAGGAGCAGGUACUUUGGGAACCUAAACAGUCCUGUCAUGCUGUUUGGAAAUGCAUCUUAAUGAUAGGGUUUAGCUAUGCUGACAGGAUAGAACUUUUGAAAAUGAACGGUCUUUAAAUAAGAUUCCCCAUAUAUUUUCUCCAUUCUUAUUUAAUAAAUUAAACUUUUAAAGCAAGGUUCUCUUUCCCCUAGUGCUGUAUUUUUCUUUUUCCUUGUAGGUAGCUGAAUACA